CCAUUAACCUUUUGAGGACCUUUGAUGUCGUUUUUGGCAUGACUCCUACAAAUUUGAUUCGUCCACUGGGGCGGAGGGAUUACAUAUAAAUGAAAACACCCCAGUGCCGGACACCGACAGAUUUUCUCACAGGAUCAGAGGACACACAACACCUUGAACAUGGUUGACUGGACAUUUGAAGAGCGGAAGCACAUCAUAGAGACCUGGGGCAAAAUCAACGUCAAAGUGGUCGGACCCCUUGCUUUGAGAAGGUGUCUUAUUGUAUAUCCAUGGACUCAGAGGUACUUUGGAACCUUUGGAGACGUAAACAGCGCAGCGGCUAUCAUGGGCAAUAAAAAAGUUGCCAAGCAUGGCAUCACUGUACUGAACGGCCUCGAGAGAGCUGUGCAGAAUAUGGAUGACAUCAAGAACACCUACGCCGAGCUGAGCGUUCUACAUUCUGAGAAACUGCAUGUGGAUCCCGACAACUUCAGGCUGUUGGGCGACUGCCUCACCAUUGUUCUGGCCUCCCAGAUGGGGCGCGCCUUCACGCCGGACAUCCAAGCGGCCUGGCAGAAGUUCCUGACCGUGGUCGUCUCUGCGCUGGGCAGACAGUACCACUAGAAACAUGUUCUACAGUGGAAUAUACCGAUAUAUUUUAUUAUAGAAUACAUUUUGUAUGAAUAAUAAAAUAUAUUUUUAAGCACACGUCCAUACUCUUCACUUUAUUCUGUUUGAGCCAAGCCUACUUUAACUUGCCCUUAUGCGGUUGGCCUAAGUGAG